AUGCGAUCCUACGCCACUGGGCCUAGCAGCGUCUGUUGUGGCGGCACCUGCAUCUACGACAAUGCUGAAUCUCUAGACUUUACUGUUGUUGACGCGACACAGGCCUACGAUUGCCUCCGGAGCGUUCCUUUCCUCCCAGCCGUUGCUAGCCGACUCAUCCAGUAUAUCAACGACACAAUCCAGUUCCACAGCACUGUCGCCUACCUAGCGAGGCCUCCUUCUGGUUAUCAGCAGCCUGCCGUUGAUCUUGCUUCUGAACUAGGCCAGAUCCAGCGGGAUAUUGACAACAGUGUCUUUGGCAACGAGUAUGACUUUGAGCUUGCCAUAUACACCCUUCUUCAUGCUGCGCAUGACGAUCAUCUGAGCUUGCAAGGAGGGAUACUCUCUGCCUUUUCGUACGGAUCGCCCAUUGAUAUUGUUGCACUAUCUCUAGACGGAAUAUCGUUGCCAAAGGUCUAUAUUGCUAGUAAGAUCCUCCGUCCAGAACGGUCACAGAGAAGGCAGAAGAAAGCUAAGGCAUGA